AUGUCGCAAGCCAAAUAUAGUCAAGGUACACUCGGAAAUAUGCCCGGUCAGAUCGAUCAAGCUCGAAAUGAUUCAAUUGGCACUGGUGGAAGUACAGCUGAUGGUCAACUAUCCCAUCGUGAUCCACUUGAAGGUGUGUGCAAUGCACAAACAGGUGUAACCACGAAGCGUACUGACGCUUAUUCGAGCAAUCAGAUGUCGAAUUUGGUCGGCAGUCAGGAGAAUGCAGGAUCCAGUAGUAACAGUUAA